AUGUGCCGCAAUUUAAAAAAAAAAAUGGUUCCCAGCAAGAACUUCCCCUCUCUGUCUUUAUUCUUUCCUUUUUUAACUUUUCUUUAUUUUUGUCCUUACUUUCUUUUCUAUCCCUUUAUCCUUUUCUAUCCUAUAUUUCCUCUCUUUCUUUGUUUUCAUUCUGUCUUUUUCAUUUCAAUAUUUCGUUCUCUUUCAUGGUUCUUUCUCCCACUUUUAAUAUUUCUUUUCGGCAAUCAUUUUUCUCGUAGUAUCCUUUUCCUUAGCAAUAUUCAUCCACUGUCUCCUUUUUCCGUACAACAAGACAGACUUAUUUUCAAAUAUGGUCGCCAGGAAUGCCACAGAAUCUACCUCUUUACAGACAUUCGUCUACCAAUUUCUCGAUAUUCAGAUCGUCUAUGUCGUCUGCUUAAACUAGACCUAUUUCUCUGUAUUACUCUUGUGGCACAAGAAUUUUUCUUUGCACAAUUUCUCCCGCGUUCGUCCGUUUUUCAUUCGUUUGCUUUCAAUUGUACGCUUUUUUUUUGUUCUUUUAUUUCUCCUGAUCCCCACUUUUUUCUUUCCUUAUCUAUCUAUCUAUCUAUCUAUCUAUCUAUCUAUCUAUCUAUCUAUCUAUCUAUCUAUCUACAGUGUGGUAGUAUAAAUCACCAGUGCAUAAUGACUGGCUAG